ACUGCCCUACAGGUUCCAGCUCUGGACGUCAUCAAUAUGAUGCUCAAUCUCUACGCCUCUUCUUCACGGCUUCCACGACUCGCCACCACAGUCUCCCGACUCGCUGUUCCGGCUGCUCGGCCCAUUUCGACCUCGCCAAUAUCACAGGCUAAGAAGCCUUUGCUGCCUUCUGCCCAUGCCACGGAGCCCAUGGAGCUCUUAACGAUGAUAGGUCACAAUGCAGACAAGGCUUUGGCAGAUUCGGCCAAAUCCUGGGAGGAUCUGACGAGAGUUUGGCUCAAGGGGUCAGCCAAGCUGGAGGACAUUGGGGGAAUGUCACCAUCAGAGAGAAGAUACAUUUUGCAUUGCUUCAAUGCCUACUCCAAGAACAAAGCUCCUAGCGAGUUCUUGCGGACGAAAAAGACAAAGACCUUCCGAGGGUGAGUCUCAUUAUCGACGAGGCAGAGUGUAGGAUUAUGCUGACGUCCGAAUGUUCUCGCCUCUUUCUCUUCUGGCCUUAUCGACACUGCACUGAUCUUCUAUCGUCCACAACCUUGUCUACUAUCUGUUCACUUGGAAACUUCACACAAACACCACUCAAAAACGACUUUGUCCUUAAUGGCUUCGUGACAUCGCACCGCAUCGCAUUGCUCCCUGUUGGAUUUGUUGCUAUCACCGUUGUACCUGCUGUCCAUUGUCACACGACCCUACAUUAUACAUACUCCGUAUACUACAACAGAUGGGGUCCAUCGAUCCAAAAGG